UCGUGUAUUUUGCAUCAGCUUGUGUGGCGCCCUAAGCCCGUGUACUCGCCGGCAUGGCGAUGUCGCUGCUACGCCUCAGCAGGUUUAGCCCUUUAAGGAGGAUAAGCACAUAUGUGCUUUUUCCAGAGGUUCCUGAGGACACACCAGAAACAAACUCACUGUUGAAGACUGAUGAGCCUCCAAAGUACUCGGACUUAACACCCCUGAAGUGCCAUGAUGCUGUUCUCAAGCUGGCCUAUCAGUUUGAAUAUGACAUGGCAUGCUAUGGUGAUACCUUGGAAGGCACCAGUAAGCUGCUCAGCGGCGAGGCACCCAUCACCUUCGAUGACGUCAUCGGGCCGAUCGAGCGCCGGGAAGUGCCGUUCAGCUACGUGUGGUCGACCGUGAAGAACCUGUACACCACCAACCAGAGCAUGGUUCACCCACGCGUAUUCCAGCAGAUCCACACGUCAGCAGCCAAGGCGCACGUCUCAAAGUAUAACAACCCAGCCAUCUACCGAGCCUGCCUGGAGCUGCAGUCGGACCAGCACCUGCUGUCAGAGGAGCAGGGUCGCGUGGCGCAGAAGUACGUGCGCGACGGGCGCCUCAACGGCCUGGAGCUGCGCGGCAGCGAUCUGCGCAAGUUCAAGCUGCACUCCAGCCGCCUGAGGCGGGAGCAGGCGCAGUUUAUCGGUCGGGUGCGGGCGGCGGACGAGCUGUUCCGACACCCGGUGGACGAGUACGACCUGGUGCGGGGCGUGCCGGAGCCGAUUCUGAGAAAGAUGGCGCAGGACCCGUCGGACCCGAGCCGCGGCCCGUGGCAGGUGACGUUCGAGCCGGACGUGUACGCCGCCUUCCUGCGCCACUGUCCCAGCGCCGCCCAGAGGCUCAACGUGUGGCUGGCACACGAGAUGCGCUGCUCCAACUUCAACCGCGACCUCAGCAACAGCACCUGCUCCGAGGAGAUCCGCUGGGCCAAGGACGACAUCGCCAAGCUGCUGGGCUACAAGUCUCACAUGCACAAGAGCAUGGAGGUGAAGAUGGCCGGCAAGGUCAGCGUUGUCCAGAGCAUGAUCGCCAGUCUGCUGGCGGCCGCCCGGCCGCUGCAGGAGCAGGAGAUGCGCGAGCUGAACGAGUUCGCCAGCUCCAGCGGCGAGCCGCAGCAGCUGGAGGCAUGCGACGUGCCGUACUGGCGGCGUCGGCAUAAGCUCAGCACGUGCAGUGUGGACGAGUCCGUCACGCGCGACUACUUCAGCUUCCCGAACGUGCUGCAGUUCUUGAUGGAGCUGUCUGCAGACCUGUUUGGUGUCGAGUUUCGUCUGGAGACAUCCAGCGACGUGGAGACGUGGCACCCGGACGUACUUCACUACUCGGUCUGGGAGCAGGGCCGACAGGUGGCGCAGCUCAUGAUCGACCCUUACCAGAGGCAGGGCAAGUCGUUCCCGGCCGGCUCCGGAUGGACGUUCACCGGUCGGCACCGCAGCGCCAUCUGCAACACACAACCCAUCUCGUACUUGAACUUCAACUUCACGCCGCCGGAGGACGCGACGCCUGGCGGGCUCACAUUUGACGAAGUCCAAACGCUCUUUGAGAAGUUCGGCCGCAGCAUGAUGACGCUGCUCUGCACUGUGGAGCACGCCGACGUCAGCGCCCCCAACAACAUGGAGUGGGACGCCGUCGACGUGGUGCCCUACGUUUUCCGAUACUGGCUGCGGGACCCGGCCAACGUGCAGCGGGUCUCGCGCCAUCACGGCGACGGCGGCCGGCUGCCGGAGCAGACGUGCCGCGAGCUGAUCGCCGCCGACGGCCACAUGAUCGGGCACGACCUCUGCCGCGAGCUGUACCAGGCGCAGCUCGACCUCAAGCUGCAACCUCGGGGGCUGUACCAGGAGCAGCUCGACCUCAAGCUGCACCUCGGGUCGCGGAACCUCUGUCGGGGGCUGUACCAGGCGCAGCUCGACCUCAAGCUGCACCCCGGUUUUGAUCUGUUUCACCGUUUUGAUUUGGUGACUUAUGUUUUGAUCAGGAAGGAGGGCUUCUGGCUGCAUUUGCAACAAGAGCUGUACAGCCAAUUCCUGCCUUUCAAGCUGCACCCCAAAGAUGCCCACACGAUGAGCUUCACACAGUCGCUGGCCCAGGAGUGGGGCGCCGGCGUGUACGCCAGCCUCUGGGCGCGCAUGAUCGCCGCUGAUGCCGCGGCCGCCUUCCACGAGACCGGCGGCGAGCCCGACCAGCUGCGCUCCGUCGGCAAGAGGUUCCGGGACACGUACCUGGCGUCGGGCGGCGCCGUGCACCCGUCGGAGGUGUUCCGGCGGUUCCGCGGCCGCGACCCCACCUGCGACGCCCUGAUCCGGCUGCUCGGCCUGCACCGGAUCGGCCGGCCGCAGCAGCAGCAGCCGCAGCAGCCGCAGCAGCAGCCGCACAGCUGAGCCGCGCGCGGUCGUACGCCUGCACAGCCGAGCUUUCAGCAGCAGCAGCAGCAGCAGUGGCGGCGGCAGCGCGGCGGAGCGGCGGGACUUCAGCAUCUGCCGCUCAAUAGCACGGUGGCGUGUGAGCGGGCCGCCUCAGCGACGGCGGCGUGUGAGCGGG